GGCUUAUAAUGUAGAAACCUGCUGCUUUUGAUGGACUUUUGAGUGGCUGGAGCCGUGAAAAGAUCCAGCUCACUGGUCAUGCAUUCUUUCAAGUAAGAAUGUAAAAAUGCCAUUGUUGUGCGCCCACACUAUAUACGUCUAGGACCGAAAAUAUCCGUAACACUUUUCAAUGUCUGCUACCGCUUGCGACGGGGUAACCGUCUGUGUAGAAAAGUCCUCUCUCUCUUUUCCCCAUGUUGCUCUCUAUCCGAACUGCCCAUGAGUUGAUACUCAUAAUUAUUGGUAUGCAUUUUAGAUAGAAAAGAGCCGAGAAACAGCCGAGUAGCCGUAAGCCCGCACGAGAGAGAGAGAGAGAGAGAGAGAUACCAGCCGCGCGACUACACACACACGCUGGAGCUCACGCACGCUCACACCUAAGCCGCUCGAGUCAGAAGAUAAGCCCGCCGCCGGGAGGGGGAAAACCUCGCGCCAGGCCGCGGCAGCAGAUACUGUACUGCUACUUGUAUGUGUGAGGCGUUGAGUGUGUGUAAAAAGAAUAUUCACCUAUGUAACCUAAAGAAUUAUUUAUUUGUAAUGUAUGACAUGAGAGGUGGUAUGAUACAGUGUGAAAACCCAACGAUCGCACGAGAAAACAUAUGUAAAUCGCCAAAUGUAACGGCACUAGACCGAUAACUAUGUAUUGCGCUUGUGUGAGUACUCUAGGGAGGUGUACCGUCGCGCCUCGGCCAGAGAAUUCGGCACUUGGUUUUUCGUCGCAGCCCAGAGAACAUCCCUACGGUUGACCAGACAUUUGUUUAUUGAGAGUAGAGUAAUAUAAGAGUGCGUUAUCCUGUGAUUGUUAUAAGAACGAGGGAGAGGUACGAGAGAGAACUUCAGCCGGAAGGUAGUGUUUAACGGUAAUAUUUAUGAUAUAUAUUGAGUGUGAGAGGAAUAAGCCGGACGUUGCGAAAGUCGGAACGUUACUGCCUCGUGGCAACAUUUUUGACGAGCUGAGAUUUGUAGUACCGGAUAACUGUGCGAGCGUUGUGUGCGAAAACGGAAAUUGUAGCUAGUAGAAAAUAUCACCUUAGAGCCUCGCGUUUAUUAUAUUACCGCCGGUUUUUUUUUGUAAGUAAAGAUUUGUGAAGUGAUAAUCAGUCGAGUGGUCUAAGCUUAUUACUUCCUAUUUUCCCGAUCGAACUCCCUCGGAGAAUAGAGUCUCGUAACUAGCCGGAGACGCGACCCCAAAACGUUCGCAGAUAAAUCGUCCGACCUGGCGCCUUCGAAAUAAAUACGGCCGGGCGUUAGUAGCUAAUCACUGUUGCAAAGGAAAAUAACGAGAGAAAAACUACCUCGUUACAGUGGCUGCCCAAUGUGUGGGGCACGGUCGUGGAAAAUAAUUUACGAGUGAUAGUGUUCAGUGCGCGACAUUUUGAAACGUGGCACCAAUUUCGUUCAAAGUUAAUCGUGAGCCGUGUCUAACUAAAAUCAAGUGUAUAAAUAAUUCCAAUGAAGCAGAGAGUUGUAUGAUACUGCCGGAAAAAUUUAAAUUUUAUUCGUGUAACCGCCAGAGAAAAAUUUACUCGCCACGUGCUGACAGCCGCCGUGAUCGCAAAAACUGGGGUUCUCAAAUGUAAAAUCAUGGUUUACCUCAGUGCUCUUUUUCGAUUAUAGCCUAACAAAAGACGAGUUUGUGCAUUGCUCUAACAGUCGGUUGAGUGUGCAAAUUUUUCCCAACACGCGGUAGUGGAAAUUCUGCCGAAAAUCACUCGCCACGUGUCGAUAGUCGCUGGGAGUGUAAAAACUGGGGUUCUCACAAGUGAAAUCAUGGUUUACAGAAUUACGCCCUUUUAAACUUUACAGUGGCAAUAUACGGGUUUAUUAAUAUUUUUACGGCCAAUUGUGAGUGCAGAAUAUUUUCAGAUUUAAUACGAAGCCGAAUUAAAUUUUUUUUGCCUUCUUGCAAAAUUCAAGUUGUAGUAGUUGAGAGAAAAUUAACGUUUGACGGACCCGUUUUAAAAUUUUUUUUUCUUUUGCCUCGUUUAGAAUUAUAAAGGGAUUCGAAACGAAGAAAAUAAAUUUUUUUUUGUCGUGAAAAUUUACAGCCGUAAUUUUCCGAAGAAUAAUUGGAGUUAUAGAAUUUUUAAAAUACCGAGCAGUAGUUGAAGACGUCGAGAGUUGAAAAAUAAUUUUGUUUUUUUUCCCCUUUGUUGAUUUGUUUGUUGAGAGAGUAGAAGCCGAUAAGAAUAGUGAAGAAAAUUUUCUUUUGCCUAUAGUCGCUUGAUAAUUGCUUAAAACAAUCAUUUUAGCCGAACAAAAUUUUUUUUUGAGAAUUCAAUGUCGGGAAAAAUUUUGUGAUAGCCUGUUUGACUUGAUUGGAAAGUUUUAAACUAAGAUUCAAUUCUAGCCAUACUGCCGACUAUCCUUAACCCCGAACGAGUUAAUAAACAAAUUUUGUGGCCCGAUUGCGAGUCGAAUCAAGCACUAGCAAUGAAAGAAAAUUAAUUUAUCCACUUUACUAUUUAAUUGCAAUUGAUGCAAUUCAUACCGAUUGCACAUGAAUAAUUAUAAGUAUUAAUUGAAAUGUAUUUUUAUGCUCAUAAUAAUUUUGAAUUAUAAUUUAUACACAUGUACGUUUUGAAACCGAAAAAGUUGCGUACCAGCCAGACGAUUAAUUCGACAACUAUUGUUUGCCUUUUCUGCCGAAAAAUCCAAGUUAAGAAAUUGGUCGAAGCUUGAAACGUUUUGAAAUUAAUAGUUGGAAACAAUACUGUGAAUCCUAUCUACGAAAUCGGUAAGUUGUCUCAAUUAAAGCAUUGUGAUCGAGUUGUACGUCGGAUCGUGACGACGAAAAUAAUUAUUUUCCAUACUGUUCAUUUUACAAAAGUUUGAGUCAUAUAACGAAAUUGUAGACACGUGAUACAGAGUUUGUGUCGUACGUCAAAGCUGAGACCGGAACUUUUAAAAUUUCUUAAAGUGUUGAGAAUAAUUGCUAACUGCGUCGUGGUUUGAAACUUGAUUCAAAUUCGUUUUCGAAGAAUUCAUUUACGGUGUAAAUAAUUAUUUUGUUGUUGUUGAGAAUUGAUCAGAGAUUUUAGGGCGCAUGAUUCGGAUCUUUAAACAAUUAUUGCUUUUAGAAUCGACGUAUGAAAUUUAAACCGGACUAAGCAUUUAUUUUGGAAAUUGUCGGUAGCAGAAAAUCCGUCGAAAUAAGCAAGCGAGCAUUGUUGAGGUCGAGAUUCUAGAUAGUGAACGAAUUCGAAUUUGUGCCCGAAAAUUUCCUUAUUUUUUUUUGUUUACCUUUGUACACGCUUGUAGCGAACUAGUCGGCUGAAAAAUUUGAUUCCAAGAAUUUACUGUCAGACUUGUCGAAUUUCUGCCUGAACCUUUUCGUUAUUUUUGUUUACGUUCACGCUAAGUAAAGUACCCGCUGUUUGUAUCGAACUAGUUAACGAAUAUUCGAUUCCAAGAAUUUACUGCCAGAUCUUCCGAAAUUACUGCCUAAUUUACAACCAAAAUUUUCCGCCUUGAGUCAUGUUUACUGCCGAGACCAGCAACGAUUUGUCAGUCACAGCCAAUGUUUAAUAUUGUCAGACUUGAGAGAAGAAAUUACAGCUGAGCAAAAAUCCAAGCUGCUGUUUCGACGUUAAAAUGAGUUCUCAUUCAGAAAUUAUGUCAAAAUUACGGAAGAGUCCAGAGGUGAGGAAUCUCAGUCGAGAAAUCCGAAAACUACAUACAACCGAGUUGAAAGCCAGAUUACGAUCGCUGGGCGCUAACACGAAUGGCCCUAAGGAUUUACGCCAGGACAGAUUGCUACGUGCAGUACUAUGGUGCACCGGCUACCAAAAGUCAGUGCCAUGGUACGAUUGGGACAACGCCAAAGAGGAACCAACUCAAUCGUCGGAAAAUUUCACGAGUAGGCGCAAUUCCAAGAGAAAACAUGAACAAACGUAUGGAGAAGAAACCGAGAAAAUUCGAGUAACGAAGAUGAAAUCGCGUAGUGAUUAUGUUGAUAGAGGUCAAGACCACGAAAACCAAGACAGUUCCAGCAAAGCCAAGCCUCAGCAUCAGAAAGAGAAGGUGUCGAAGAAGAAGAUUCGAAGACUACGUGGUCGAGUUAGAAGUCGAAACCGAGAUCGAAGCCAGAGUUCUAACAGUAGUUCAAGUCGAAGCAGCCGUAGUCUGAGCAGUAGCAGCAGCUCGAGCAGCAGCAGUUCGACGAGCAGCAGUAGUUCAAGUCGAAGCAGCAGCAGUUCAAGUCGAAGCAGCCGCAGUCCGAGUAGUAGCAGCAGCUCGAGCAGCAGCAGUUCGACGAGCAGCAAUAGUUCAGGUCGAAGUAGCAGUAGUUCGAGUCGAAGCAGUUGGAGUUCAAUUAGUAGUCGUUCUAACAGCCGUGCAAGCCGAAAUUCAAGUAGUAACAGCCGGAGCAGCAGCAUUAGCAGUUUCGACAGCCGCUAUCUAGAGCCAGAGUCGGAUAGUGCUAAGAAGAUUGCUGAGCCAGUAAUUUACAGCUCGCCAUUUGAGGAUUGCCAAGUCUGUGGUUUCAAGGACGUAGUCUUUCAGAGCUGCCCAAACUGUGCAGAACUGAGAGUACUGUUGGGAAAUGGCAACGCGGGAGCAACUCAGAGGUCGAUGCUACCCGCACUGUCUCACAACAGACCUCUGUUGAAGUGCAGAAAACUGGGCAUGCGAGGUCUGCGUUGCAGAGAGGUAUGCCAGUUUUGGGAGGGGGAGGGAGUGGUCCAAGCCCACUAGUGUCGCCAGAGAAGAAGCUGAGAAGGAAACAUCAAGAGAUAGGGAAAGGAGAUGUAGAAGAAGAGGAGAAAUUUUUGGUGGACGAAGAGAAAUUUAGUGUAAAGAAGAGAAUUUUCGUAGAAAGGAGAAAUUGUGUAGAAGAGAAGAAGAAGUGUCGUGUAGAAGAGAAGAAGAAAGGGUUUGUAGAAGAAGAUAAGGAGGUUUUAGUUGAGAAGAAAGAAGAGAAGUGUCUGCCGGACGCUAACGUAACCCGUUGGCCGAACCGCAGAGUUGCGGUUGAGAAGAAAGAAGAGAAGUUGCUGCCGGACGCUAACGCAACCCGUUGGCCGAACAGCAGAGGUGUAGCUGAGAAGGAAGAUGAUAAGUUGUUGCUGAACGCUAACGUAACCCGUUGGCUGAAUAGCAAAGUUUUAGUUGAGAAGGAAGAUGAGAAGUUGUUGCUGAACGCUAACGCAACCCGUUGGCCGAACAGCAGAGUUGUAGAAGAGAAAGAGUUGUUUGAAGAAGAGAAAGAGAAAGUUUUUGUAGAAGAGAAAGAGAAGUUGUUUGAAGAAGACGAAGAGAAGAGUAGUAGAGGUAGUGCAGAGAAGUCGAAUCUUGAACUGAUUCCAACUUCGAGUUUACCAUCGCCCAUGGUUACAGAUCACUGUGAAGAUACGAAAGCACAGCCAGUCAUGUUGAGUCCAGCAGCUAACAGCCGUGGCAGGAUUAGGGAAACCCUAGCUCAAUACGAGAGGAAGAACGAGUCGGUCGAGGAAUCGACAUUCUUACCACUUACAAAAUUGCAGACUAGAACCCAACCUCAACCGGCGUUACAGCCUGAUCAAGUUAACAGACAAGAUGCCAGUAGUACUUCAGGGUUUCAGCCAGAUGAUAAAAUCAAGAAGUGUUCGGAGUCAGCAUUCCUGAAUGAAGAGAAAAUGCGUUGUAGAAGAAGAAUGUUGGAGAGUGAUGAAGAGAAGAAGACGUAUGCGAAUGCUGACGCAACCCGUCGGCUCAGCAACAUCGUAGUCAUGAAGCCAAGGACAACUGCUAGUGCUGUUACAGCCUGGCCGUCCAGUAGUGACGACGAGGAGGAGAAGAAGAAUAGUAGAUGUAGAGCAGUGAAGUUAUGCAGUAGUGUGAUUCCAUCCUCAAGUAACGAUUGUCUAUCAUCACAUAAGGCUACCGAUCGCCGUGAAGAUACGAACGUACAACCAGUCCAGUUAAAAUCAGCAGCUAACAGCAGUGGUCGAAUAAUGGACUCAAUAGCUCAAGACGAGGUGAAGAACGAGUCGGGAGAGAACCCGAGGGAUUCAUCGCUCUCAAUAUUGCAGCCCAGAGCCAAUUUUCAGCCGUUGUUACAGCCUGACCGAAUCAACAGACAAGAUGCCAGUAGUACUUCGGGAUUUCAGCCAGAUGGUGCAAUCAAGAAGACUUUGGAAGCCUCAUUCGCAGAUGAAGGAGAAGUGUUGGAGCAGAAAGAUGUUGAAGAGAAGAUCAAGAAAGAAAACAUGGACGAGCAGACGAAGGAGGAGGUCGUGGGUUCGAUGGUUGGAGUGGAGAGAGAAGAUACUUGUGAACCUCUCAAGGACGAACUUACUGCCUGGGCCCUAACCGUAAAUGAGCCAGAAACGCCAGAAGUGCAGCACUCGUGUCUUGAGCCAGCUCAUGAAGAAGAGAGAGAUUCGAAAGCCAAAAAGGAGAGAAGAGUUUUCGUUUGGACAGAAGUCAGUUGCCGAACGGUUUUCGAUCGAGGAAAAAGUCUCAUGGAAGUAUACGUAGCAACCACGAUCACUAUGGCCACCAAUAAAGGCGUUUGGCCAGAGGACGUAAGGAGAGGUACAUAUCGAGCCCUCUUCGAUCGCGGCCGGAAUCACAGCCAAACUUACAGCCAGUUACAGCCAGUAAAAUAGAAAAGAGCCGAGAAACAGCCGAGUAGCCGUAAGCCCGCACGAGAGAGAGAGAGAGAGAGAGAGAUACCAGCCGCGCGACUACACACACACGCUGGAGCUCACGCACGCUCACACCUAAGCCGCUCGAGUCAGAAGAUAAGCCCGCCGCCGGGAGGGGGAAAACCUCGCGCCAGGCCGCGGCAGCAGAUACUGUACUGCUACUUGUAUGUGUGAGGCGUUGAGUGUGUGUAAAAAGAAUAUUCACCUAUGUAACCUAAAGAAUUAUUUAUUUGUAAUGUAUGACAUGAGAGGUGGUAUGAUACAGUGUGAAAACCCAACGAUCGCACGAGAAAACAUAUGUAAAUCGCCAAAUGUAACGGCACUAGACCGAUAACUAUGUAUUGCGCUUGUGUGAGUACUCUAGGGAGGUGUACCGUCGCGCCUCGGCCAGAGAAUUCGGCACUUGGUUUUUCGUCGCAGCCCAGAGAACAUCCCUACGGUUGACCAGACAUUUGUUUAUUGAGAGUAGAGUAAUAUAAGAGUGCGUUAUCCUGUGAUUGUUAUAAGAACGAGGGAGAGGUACGAGAGAGAACUUCAGCCGGAAGGUAGUGUUUAACGGUAAUAUUUAUGAUAUAUAUUGAGUGUGAGAGGAAUAAGCCGGACGUUGCGAAAGUCGGAACGUUACUGCCUCGUGGCAACAUUUUUGACGAGCUGAGAUUUGUAGUACCGGAUAACUGUGCGAGCGUUGUGUGCGAAAACGGAAAUUGUAGCUAGUAGAAAAUAUCACCUUAGAGCCUCGCGUUUAUUAUAUUACCGCCGGUUUUUUUUUGUAAGUAAAGAUUUGUGAAGUGAUAAUCAGUC